UACAUGUCAUCCACUUCCCCUGCCACAAAAACACACAGCUCAAAAAUCUGUAAUAUGGGAUUUGGUUAAUCCUUCAAAAAAAAACUGAACAACAAAAAGAUGGCAAUUUCUCUCAAUUCAGUUGUUGGGUUCAACUCUAAGUUUCCAGCGAAAUAUCAUCAUGUCUCUACAUCUUCAAUUAGAGCUUCAUCGCCAAAGUCUACUAAAUUCGCAUUCUUCUCGGGAACGGUUGGUUCGAGAGUACAUAUAAUGAAAGGAAGCAGGGGAUUGUGUCUUUCAGUGGCCAAUAGUGAUCGUCUUGCCACAGAUAUCACGGAUAAAGGUUCUGAUAGCACUGAAGGUUCGAUUUCUGAUAAUCAGAUUCCUGUUGUGGAUUCUCCUGAAGAAACGAGCCAGUUCCAAACUAGUGUUGCUAAUGAGAAUGGUUCUACGGUGUCGUCAGAUGCCAAGCUUAAGAAAAAACCCGACUCACAAUCUACAUCAAAAAGAUCAUCUUUAACAGCAAGAGAGAGGCUAAAAGCUGCUCGGGUUCGUAGCCGAUACACAGAACCGAAGGCAUCAAAAUUGGACAAGGGCAGAACAGUACUGGAUGCCUUAAAGGAAGGUGACAAGGGUAAGAUGAGAUCUGGCCUUCCAGAAGCCCCGUCAAACAUGCUCGAUGAUAGUGAUCGAGGGUUACCAAAGGCGGGAUUGACGUUUGACUUUCCGGGGGGUUCUGAUCUCUUUGUCAUAGCCAUCUCGUUUGUUCUCAUCAGCACAAUUAUGUUCACAACAACUUUCAUUGUCUGGAAAGUUGGCGCGAUCCAUUUUAAUGAGUUCUAAGCUGGAAGUCAUUGCGGUUCUGCAUUUUUGGACGAGCUAACUUCUCGACACACCCAUGAAAAUUCGGAGACAAUCUAAACGUCAGGUACAUUGCGGUUUACAGUUUUUUUUAGAGAAGAUAAAAAACCACAUAUGCCCAAUGUUUGAUCUUCUAUAUAUAUGGCCUGAUUUCUUUGUUUAAUUUGUGGGUGAUUAUGGAGCUUAAUCCAUGUCAUAUACCAUCAUUUUGUGUAUAUAAUGCAGUUUAACACAUAAUGCAACUUUUUUUGUUAUAUAA